UAGUACAUUUCCCAUAACUAACAAGCAUAAUCUCAUGAUCAUUCCUCCUAACAAUGUCUCCCUGUGUUCCAUUAAGAUGUAUGUAAAACAGCUCGCUUUGCGCUUUGAUUUCUGCUUCGGCCUGAGGCAUGAGUGAGUGCUACGCAUCUGAAGGAAUGCGAAAGUGCUUUCAGGCCUGAUCAUGAGUGCAGGAGGCUGAGGCAGGGUUCAGAGAUGAUCCGCUUCUCAUGACCACAAACCCUCUCAGUCCCACCAGGCAGCAACAUGGAUGAUGAUUUCAGGACGCGCACCAGUGGCGCAGACAACACGCUGUUUGGAGAGACUUUAACGCGGCACACGGCCGUUAAUCUGGCUAUUGGUGGACUCACAUCUCUGUUUGUCCUAGUAACUGUCAUCAGUUCGUUUGUCUUCCCUACACCUCCUCCAACAGCAUUAAACAUUUUCUUUGUGCUCUGCAUCAUCAUGAUCUGUUCUUCUGUAUUGGUGCUGAUAUUCUGGUAUCGUCAAGGUGAUCUGGAUCCAAAGUUUCGUGGUCUGAUUUAUUAUUCCAUAGGUCUCAUUAUCCUCCUCUGUCUGUGUGCCAAUCUGUACUUCCAUGAUGUUGGAAGAUGACAUGAUUCAGACACACCACUUGACCUUCGUAAUUCUGUCAAGCACAAUAAAAAGUGAUUUAUUUGUCAGAAGUGAGCCUCACAGUUUUGAUUAUGUGUGCAUAGGUGAUACAAUGCUUGUUCAAAUCUAUUCAGUUUUUAUUUAAAUAUUUGGACGUGUACUUUUUGUAAUUGUUUUUUGUUGUUGUUGACAAAGCUGAAUAUUUUGUACAUUAUUUUCUGUUGCUGUCAAGAGUCAGUCAUGCUAAAUAAAGCAGUUGUGAAAUAUUGUGAUUUUUGUUCUGUGAACAAUACUGGUGCCAAAGUUCUGAACACUGGCAAUAAAUAAAAUAAUAUACA